CGCCGAGCCGUGGCUUGGACCAGAUCAUCAUCAUUCAUUCAUCCGUUCUUUCUGGAUUGAUGCGAUUCGACAGUGGACAAGUCCGAGGUGCCAGCAAUAAUCCAGCCAACGUCAGGGAUACAUCAACCAUCCACUCCGUACCGACAUAGUAGUCUGUCUGUGUCUGUCUGUCUUCCCCCGCUCGUCGUUGCAUCAUGGGCGGUCGGUUUCGGGGCAGAAUAUGGGGUAGGGGCGCCAGCGUCGUGUACAUCAUCACACAUCAUGGAUGCCGAUACAACCGUGGGCGGAGUCGAGCCCAUCAUCAGGUUUUUACCACCCUGUAUCUGCUAUGCUACCUACCUACCUUUGACUUUCCAGGAACUCCAUGCCUCUACCAAGCAAAGAGAAGAGUCGAAUCGAGGAGCCCCAUCCCGAGCGAUCCAUCCCAUCCAUCCAUCGGCAUCGCAUCACCUGAUACCGCAGCCCUCGUGCCAUCCUAUCCCUUCGCGAAUCAGCGCGCCCCCAGCCUCAACCGCACCUGCACGAUGCGCCGGCUCCGAUGAGGUCAUGCCGCAUGCCGGUUGACAAUGAACAAGAACAAGAACUGGAACUGGAACUGCUCAUCAUCCAUCCGGCCCGCCAACCUGAUUCCUGCAUACCACACACACUACUCUCGCCCU